UCCGCCUCUGUUUUUUUUUUUUUCACGAUUUUCUUCUUCUCCAUCCUUCUUUCACGGCUUCACAUCGACGACGGAAGUAUCUCAGGUCUCACAUCGACGGAACGGAAGUGUCACUGAGACCAGUUCUCACAUCGAAUAAUUCGUCUCUGCUUCAUCUCUGUUUGGUGAGAGUUGUUGUGCAGUUGUCUUAAUCCAUUUAACUUCACAGAAUAAAUGCGAUAGUUCACGCCAUGAGUAAAUACGAGCGAAAGAACUCGACGGGGAACUCAAUCACCGUCACCAAGCGGAAGCGAUGUUCGAUUUCGAAAUCGUCGUAUAGACAUGAGUCAAUAACCCUAAAACCUCACCGUCCUCUUGCGCCGGGAUCAAGCCGGCGUAGUUGUAAACCAGUUAGGCCUACCAAAUCUUCUCGGCGGCGGCGAAAGAGAACAAAGGAGAUAAUCUCGAGUUCCGGUGAGCGCGAAUGGGUGUUUUCCGCUACCAAUUUUGAAAAUCUCCAAGAUAAAGUAGUUUUAGUUUCGUACAAUCUACUUGGUGUUGACAAUGCGUCCAACCACAUGGACUUGUAUUACAACGUUCCCCCGAAGCACUUAGAGUGGAGUAGACGGAAACAUCUCAUCUGCAAGGAGAUUAGUCGCUAUAAUGCAAGCAUCUUAUGUCUUCAGGAGGUUGACCGUUUUGAUGAUCUCGAUGGUAUUCUUAAAAAUAGGGGAUUUCAAGGUGUUCACAAGAGUCGGACUGGAGAAGCGAGUGAUGGUUGUGCUAUAUUCUGGAAAGAGAAAUUAUUUAAACUUCUAGACUAUCAACAUAUAGAGUUUGAUAGAUUUGACAUGCGAAACAAUGUUGCUCAACUUUGUGUUUUAGAGAUGAACCAUAAAGACCCAAAGUCUAAAUUAAGUAUACGACCUUCAGAUCCUCGACGGCUUGUAGUUGGGAAUAUACAUGUCUUGUUCAAUCCUAAGCGUGGGGAUAUCAAGCUAGGCCAAGUAAGACUAUUUCUGGAGAAGGCUUACAAGUUAUCACAAGAAUGGGGAAAUAUUCCAGUGGCGAUUGCUGGUGAUCUGAAUAGCACUCCACAGAGUGCAAUCUACGAUUUCAUAGCUUCAGCUGAUUUGGAUACACAAUUACACGAUCGCAGGCAAAUUUCUGGUCAGUCUGAAGUGGAACCAAAGAAGAGGUCAUUUAGAAAACGGUAUGCAGUUAGUGCUGCAGUAUCCGCAUCCGGAUCACUACCCAAUGCAUGGAGCAAGGAAGAACUACAGUUUGCAACUGGUGGUCAAGCAAGCACUCAUGUCCAACAUCAACUGAAGCUUCAUAGCGCAUAUAGUGGAGUUCCUGGUACUCAUAGAACGAGAGAUCAACGCGGUGAACCAUUGGCAACAACAUAUCAUUCCAGGUUCCUGGGAACAGUUGAUUAUAUAUGGCACACAAAGGAACUUGUUCCUGUCAGGGUUCUUGAAACCUUGCCAACUGAUGUUUUGACAAGAACAUGCCGACUACCAAGUGAGAAAUGGGGAAGCGACCAUCUUGCUAUCGCAUGUGAACUCGGCUUUGUCAAUGACUGACGAGGAGACUAAAGGGUUUAGCACCAAACAUUUGGACCUAGUCACCUAUCUUGGCCAUUUGAGGCUUUUGAAUGCUAAAGGAGGCCUGUGAACCAGAGCUUUGAAGUAGAUUCAGUAAUAUUUGUAACUACGCAAAUUUUAGGCAAAGCACCCAACACAUAGAGUUGCUUACUUGAAACUGUUUCCAAUAUUUACUGUACCAACACACAAUUUGAUGGGUAAAGUACCUACCCACGAAUUGUACCUACUCUUUCUGGUUUAAAAAAAGUUAAUACCAAAAUCGUAUGUUUUCGGA